AUGGAUCCCUCUGCCGGCCAACAUGCGACCUUGUCAGACCCUAGCUCUCCUGCUAGAACCGAGGACAGCCUACUAGAAGCCGACGCCCCUGUCAAAAUCGAGUGUAACCCACGUAUUAGCCUCUGCUACGACAACUACCCCAACUAUGAAUACGGGGGCCUGGUAGCAGACUACCAGGUUGGCGUUGACAACAGGCUAGGUUCGGCAUCAAUAUCAACAAAUACCUCUCUAGUCGUCUUCCCUGCCGUCAUUUACGGUUACCUGCAGCAGAGUCAGCCCCAUCUGAAGUUCCACUUGGGUCCCUCGACAGAUCAGAAGCUCUUCACUGUCGUUGAGCAUCCAGGCCUGACGAGCAAUACUCUGAUUGAGCUGUUCGAUAUGCGGGUCAUCGGCUUUGAUCCUACUGACGACGAGGAUUGGUCCCGGCGGGAACAGCACCAGCCUGCCGUCAUAGGCCGGCUCGAUAGGAACAACAGCAUUGGUCGGUUCACAGGCUCCUACCUCAACAUUGUCAUCCCACAUGAGCGCCCAACCAGCAAAGUCGCCGAGGAGAAUGUGGUGUGGUUCAAUGUCGCGACGCGCGGAUUUGUCGUGCAUGUCGGCGACACGACGGAGGAACAGCAGUUCUGCUGGCGCAGGGCGAGGGGCGGCGACUGGGCCACGGCGCUGUCAGGAGCGAGCAUGAUGUUUGGGUGGGAGCUGACCCGGACCGACGGCGACGACGCGGGAGACGUUCUUGCGGUGGUGUGCUACAACGCAUCCAUCUCGUGGACCAACGCCUUUGUGGUCGCCUUCUUCGGGCCCGGCCUGACGGGUGCUCUGGGCCGCGACUGGGAGGUGGCCACGGUGAUCAGCGCGCUGUGGUUCUGGGUCGGGCUCAGGAGCAGCGAUGUUAUGCACCGGGCGGCCAUGUCUGUCUGA